AUGGCUUUCGUUCGUUUGAUCACCAGCAUCCAACCCAGCAGCCUGCUUUGCCUUUCCAUCAUUACGUACUUCUUGUACAGAUGGUGGCGGCUUUCACACAUACCAGGGCCGCGGCUCGCCUCUUUAUCGCAUCUGUGGAUCGCAGGUCAUCUUAUCAGGGGUGAUUCAGUCGAUGCCAUGACCAAACUCACAGCUUACGGGCCCCUAGCGCGAAUUGGUCCUAACUAUGUACUUACCAGCGAUCCGGAAGAUUUAGACAGGAUGUCUCGCGCCAGGAGCCCUUACAAUAGGCACGAAUGGUAUCUGGGAGGCAAAUUCGAUCCGGAACACGACAAUAUUCUAACAAUACUUGACAAGAACGGACACGAUGCUCACAAGAAACGCCUUGCAGACGGUUUUGGAGGGCGCGACGGAGUCAAUAUCGAAGAGACCGUGAAUCAUAUGGUACUUCAGAUCGUUGCCGCCGUUCGGAAGCGAUACCUAGCGAAGGAAGUAGAUCUCAAUGUCCUCAUACGAAAUUUCACGUUGGACGUGAUCUCACGCUUAUGCUGCGGGGAAGAGUUCGGAUUUAUCACAGCCAGCGAAGACCUAUCCUCGUUUUCAGAGUCAGCAGAGAAAACAGCCUGGCUGUUCUGUUUGUUCGUCGAUAUACCCAUCCUACGAUGGCUCGCGGUCUCUCAGUAUUCGAUCCUAGCCAAGUGGCUCAGGCCUAGGGCUACCGAUCGCGCAGGCUUCAGGAGAGCCAUGGGUAUUGCUCGCGAUAUUAUCGCCGAACGGUACAAACUCGGCUCGCGGGAUACGUGCGACAUGAUAGGGUUUUUCAUGCGGCACGGCCUCAGUCAGAAACAGACCGAAGCCGAGACGGUCGUACAGCUCUUUGCUGGAACAGAUACGAUUGCAACGGCAAUACGCUCUACACUGCUCUAUAUCAUCACGACCCCGCGGGUCGUACGACAGGCUAUACAAUCGGGGCAGGUCUCUGACCCCAUUACCCUCGAAGAAUCGCGGCGCCUCCCGUACUUCCAGCAGGCCGUUCUAUACGAAGGACUGCGUAUGCGCCCACCUCCCAUAAAUGGGCAAUUCAAGAAGGUUCCGCCUCAGGGCGAUAUCCUCCACGGCACGUCCCUUCAUCCCGGCACUGCUGCCGGGAUCAAUUACAUUGGUAUGCUAAGGUGUAAACAGACCUUCGGGGAAGACGUUGAACUUUUCCGGCCCGAGAGAUUCACAGACGUUAGCUGGGAACAAAGAAGGUCCAUGGAAUAUGUAGUUGAGACGUGCUUCAGCCGCGGACGAUGGAUGUGUCCCGGAAAGUUACUAGCAUUUACAGAGAUGAAUAAGAUAUACUUUGAGUUCAUGCGGCACUUCGAAUUUCGGGUGAAAUAUCCAGGAAAACCCUGGGAAAAAGAAUCUCUAGCACUCUUACAGCGGAACAUUAUCGUCCAUAUUCGAGAUGACGAAUCUGCGCAGUGCUGA